AUGAACUUCUCGGAAGCGCAGAUGCGGGAGCAGGCACAGAAACUCGCGCCUACCCCGUGGCUAGUCACCGAGGAGGACCACCGCAUCCAACGGAAGCGGGAGCGCCGCCUUCUCAUCGCUGAGGCGGAUGAGCAUGUCAUGGCGGUGUGGCAUGAGCGCUUCCCUGAGGAUGUCGCCGCGAAGAACAAGUUCUGGGAGCAGAGGAGGGCGGUGCGAGCCGCAGAACGGACGAACAGGCGUGAGCGAAAGGCACUGGCGGAAGCCCAGUGCGAACUGGCAGUUGCGUCGACCUGGGACGACAAUGAUCCUCGAUGGGAGGACGCAUUUCUGUCAUCGGACUACACCACCGAGGAGGACGAGAACGAGGAGUAG